AUGCGCCACGGCGGCUAUGCCGAGGAGGACGCGCGGCUGCGAGGCCGCGCGGAGCGGCUGGCGGAGGAACUGCGGCAGAGCGAGCGGCGGAAUCGUCAGGACGCGCAAGAAGAGAGAGAAGAGGCCGACGCCAGGGAACACGAAAAGGCGGUCCAUGCCCGAGCGGAGGCUGCGGCAGUCCUGAGAGCCCAUCAGCUGCGAAGGGCUGAAGAGGAAGCGGAGGAGCAGCGCCUGCUCCACGAGGAGGUGGAAGAGCAGCAAACGGCAGCAGCGGAACGAGCUAAGACCAUCAGCGCCUUGGUGGCGGCCGCCUCCCAGGCAGCAGCCCGCGCGGAGCGGCUGCAUCUGAAGCUGCAGGGCGCGAUGCGAAGGAAGCAGAUGGAGCUGCAAGCGAUGGAGGCGCGUGCCGCCCUGGAAGAUCGUCGUGCAGCGCAGGAGCAGCAGCUGAAACGUGCGCAGCUGCAGGUGCUAAGAGCAGAGGUGGCCGAAAUGGAGAAGCUGGAGGAGGAGCACCGCGCCGCCCUGGCGCGUGACGCGCGCGAGGCGAGCCUCCGCCGCGAGGCGGCGGCGCGGCUCCGCCCGCCUGGCGCAGCGCAGCCAAGGCGCCGUGGAAGCGCCGGUGCAGCGGCGGAACACGUCGUUUGGCUCGGGUGA